ACUCGUGCCACCGGAGCUCUUCAGACGUCAGCUCGUGCUCACCGGAGGAAGGAGAAUAAUGGUCAUACUUUCGCCAUCCGUCUAUUGAUAAGGAGAUACAAAUAUCCGGUAAUGAAUGGGGAAAUGGGAAGAGUGGGAAUCGCCCUCACGCUCAACGUCGUUGUUUUUCUACCGGGUAUUUACAGAGGAGCACACACACCGAGGGCUUGAUAUUAACCCGACCGUGACCGACCCAUUAUCUGCCGGUCUGACGUUAUUCGUACGGCCGGAGAUUUGAAGGAAAACAAACACCCAAGGAGGUGUUGACAGGAAGUGUUUGUGUGUGUGACCUGUCGUCGUGAGCAAUCAUGUUCCGAAAUAGCCUGAAGAUGCUGCUGGGAAGCAAAGGCCGCAAGAACAAGAACAGUGGUGGCAGUAGCAUUGAUUCAGACGGGUCAGAGGUCAGGAUGAUGGAGGGAUUCACUCGUUCACUCCCCUCCUCUCCCCUUCUCAACCUUCGUCUGGGCAAAAGGACAACAGGUGAGGAGGAGGAGUUAGGACCGCCCCCCACUGUAGACGAGGCAGCUGAUGCUCUGAUGACCAGGCUGGGCUUCCUGCUGGGGGAAAAGAUCGUCAGUGGGGAGCCGGGGUCACCUUACCAUGCCCAGGAUGAUGGACAGAGGAUCUCUCCUUCCUCCAGUCUGGCCAGUAGCAGCACAUCACCCUGCUCCACACUGCAGCCUCCUGCUGGGGGGGAGGCAAACAGCAACAACAAGCACGCCUCCUCCAACCACGCCUCCGUCACCUCCCCCACCUCUACCCUGGAGAGCAGAGACAGCGGCAUCAUAGCCACGUUGACCAGCUACUCUGCUGAGUCGGCAGUUGAGCGGGACGACGGCGCCAAGCACCCCGGCGACGGUUACCAUGGCAGCAGCCUCAACCUCUGGCGGCAAGGGGGGCGGUCAGUGGUGUCCUCCACCUCCUCUUCCUGUAUGGUAGCGGCAGGACGUGUGAACGAAGGCUUCCUGUACAGGGCGGAGGACAGCAUGGCCGCUUCCACUUACAGCCUCAACAAACUCCACCCAGACCGAGGACCUGAAUCCGCCCGCUCUUCUGGCUCCACCCAUUCCAUCCCUCUCUACCUCAUGCCCCGCCCCAAUUCGGUUGCUGCCACUAGUUCUGCCCAUCUUGAAGAUCUGGCCUAUCUGGAUGAGCAGCAAAGACACAUCCCUUCCAGGACGUCCCUCAGAAUGCCCAGACAGAAUUCCGGGAGUCGUAGUCAGCAAGAUCACAGAGUUCGUUUCACUCCAUCUCUCAACCUGAAGCCCCUCCACUUUGAGGUUCCCGGGCUCUCAUCUGAUUGGCUGUUCACCGGCAGGGAGUGGCUUUUCCAAGAAGUAGACGCCUGUCUCCGCAGCGAUGACCCAUCAACCAUUCGGGGCGUGGUUAUUGUUGGCAACAUGGGCUUUGGCAAAACUGCCAUCAUUGCCCGUCUGGUGGCGCUCAGUUGUCAUGGAAACCGCAUGUGGCCGACCGCUGCUGGCCACCAGACAAUGCCCAAACAUGUAGAAUCUGUUUCUUUCUCCCACGAUUCCCUGGGAAGAGGAGGAGGAGAUGAAGGAGGAGGAGGAGGAGGAGGAAGCUGUCCAGGGACUCCAGAGAUGAAGAGGAGACAGGAGGAGGCACUAAGGAGGCUUGCAGGACAGGUAGUCUCAUAUCAUUUCUGUCAGGCUGAUAACUGUCACACCUGUCUGGUUCCGGAGUUCGUCCACAACAUGGCGGCGAUGCUAAGUGACGCCCCUCAGCUGUCAGCCUAUCGGGAGCUGCUGCACCGGUCACCACAGCUACAGAGCACACUUAGUCUGCGCUCCUGUAUCCAGGAUCCGGGCUCCGCCCUCCAGAGAGGAAUACUAGAACCACUAGACACUCUCUACAGAGAGAGGAAGUUGCAUGCGGAGGGGGCGGGGCUUAUUAUACUGAUUGACGGCCUCAAUGAGGCAGAGUUCCACCGGCCGGACUACGGUGACACACUGACUUCCUUCCUGACCCGAAACGUCCAGAAAUUUCCUUCCUGGUUGAAGGUCAUUACAACUGUCAGGACCAGUCAGCAGGACAUCACUCGUUCAUUACCUUUUCACCACAUCUCUCUAGACAGGAUGGAAGAGAACAACGCCAUAGACCAGGACCUGCAGGGUUACCUGAUGCAACGUAUCCACAGCAGUGCUGAGAUCCAGAGCAACGUGUCACUGAGUAAUGGUCGCCUUGACAACACAGCAUUGGCCAAGCUGAUCAGCCACCUGAAGAGUCUGAGCAGAGGCUCGUACCUCUACCUGAAACUGACCCUGGACUUGAUAGAGGGAGGAUACCUGGUCCUAAAGAGCUCCAGCUUUAAGGUUGUUCCUGUGAGUCUAGCAGAGGUCUACCUGCUGCAGCUCAACAUGCGGUUUCCCACCCAGUCAUCUUUUCAGAGAGUUCUACCACUGCUCAACGUUACUGUAGCAUCACUGCACCCACUGACCGACCAGCAGCUGUUCGAGGUGGUGAAUGCGGGCGCUCUGACUGGAGGAACACUGUCGUGGGUGGAGUUUGUGCAGCGGCUGGAGCAGCUCUCCUCUUUCCUGCUGCGGCGGAGCGACGGCAGCAGGAUGCUAAACCACGCCUCCUUCAGGGAGUGGCUGGUGUGGAGGGAGGAGGGGCAGGACGACAGGUUCCUCUGCGACCCCAGGAGUGGUCACACUCUCCUGGCCUUCUGGCUCUGCAGACAGGAAGGAAAGCUGAACCGACAGCAGACGCUGGAGCUGGGACAUCACAUCCUGAAAGCUCACAUCUACAAGGGCCUGAGUAAGAAGCUUGGGGUUUCCUCCUCAGUUCUGCAGGGGCUGUGGCUGUCCUACAGCACAGGGAGCGUGAGUCCUGCUCUCUCAUCGCUGCGCAACCUCUACACUCCUAACAUCAAGGUGAGCAGGUUGCUGAUUCUGGGCGGGGCUGAUGUGGAUUAUCGGAGCGAUGUCCUCAACAACGCCCCCCUGCUGUGUGUCCACGCUCACCUGGGCCACUCUGAUGCCGUGGCACUGCUGCUGGACCACGGAGCUCAGGUAGAUGCUCAGUCACAUGAUGGUUUGACUGCGCUGGGAUUCGCGGCUGCAGCUGGACAUGUGGACGUUGUUGCCAUGCUGAGUCAGCACAGAGCUAAGGUGGGUCAUGUGGACAGCUCGGGCCGGUGUGUGUUGGUGCACGCGGCUCAGCGGGGCCACCUCGAGGUGUUGCCCUUCCUGCUGAAGCAUGCGGACUGGAGCUGCACUUCCUGCUGCGGCCAGAGGGGGGUGAGCAGGGGCCAAGCGGUGCAGCAGUCUCUGAUUGCAGCUUCCAGCAUGGGACACGCAGAGGUUGUGUCAUACCUACUGGAUCUUCCAGAGGAAGACGCAGACGAAGAGGAAAGACCUGAAAUCAACACAUCUGACAGCUUGUGGGGAGAAACAGCUCUGACAGCAGCAGCAGGGAGUGGCAGGCUGCCUGUCUGCAGGCUCCUAUUGGAACAGGGGGCUGCUGUUGAGACAGGCAACAGACGGGGUGUGGCACCACUCUUCAGCGCAGUGAGACGGGGCCACUGGCAGGUGGUGGAGUUGUUAUUGAAUCACGGGGCUGAGGUAAACAUGGUCGACCAACAGGGUCGAACAGCUCUGAUGACGGCAGCCUCAGAGGGUCAUAUGACCACCGCCCAGCUGCUGCUGGAUCAUGGAGCCUCUCUCGACCAGACCGACAGGGAAGGGUUAACAGCGCUGAGCUGGGCAUGUCUGAAAGGCCAGCUCCCACUGGUCAGAGAGCUGGUGGAGAGGGGUGCAGCCACAACGCAUGCUGACCGCAGUGGACGAACACCUCUGGAUCUGGCUGCCUUCUGUGGUGACCCAGAAGUGGUGCAGCAUCUGGUGGAUCACGGUGCUUCUGUGGAGCAUGUGGAUUGUAGCGGGAUGCGUCCUCUGGACCGAGCGGUCGGCUGCAGAAACACUUCAGCGGUUAUCGCCCUGCUCAAAAAGGGAGCCCAGAUAGGACCAGCCACUUGGGCAAUGGCGACCUCUAAACCAGACAUCUUAAUGGUUCUGCUCAGUAAAUUAAUCCAAGAGGGAGACAGACUGUACAAGCAAGGUAAAGUAAGAGAAGCUGCUCACUCGUAUCAGUCGGCUCUCCAGAAGUUUCCAGGGGAUGAGCUGAAGACGUUCAGACAGCUGAGAGUGUGUGUGCUCCUCAACAUGUCACGCUGCCGCCGCAAGAUGAACGAUUUUGCCCUUGCUGAGGAGUUUGCUACCAGGGCACUGGAGCUAAAAGCCAAAUCUUACGAGGCCUUUUAUGCCCGAGCUCGUGCCAAACGCAGCCGCAGACAGUUUAAUGCAGCCCUGGAGGACCUGAUUGAGGCCAGCCGCCUGUGCCCAUCCAACCGGGAGAUCCAGCGUCUGCUGUCCCGGGUCAAGGAAGAGUGUCGGCAGGUUGCACAACAACAACAAGACCCACCACCCUCUUCAUCACAUCAUGCUUAUCAACAAAAUGUGACCAUGUCCAUCAACGAGGCCAGGAGCAGAGAUUCAGGUUGUCUGCAGGUGCAGGACAGGGAGGGGCUUACUGAGGAAGAGGAGGAGGAAGAGGGGGAGGAGAGGGAAGAAGAGGGGAGUCACAAGGAAGGAGAUGCUCCUCCACCCUCCUCCUUCCACCCUCCGUCUGUGGUUCAAAGUCUUGACACCUACUGCCGUCCUGGGGUGCCAUCACCCUCCUCUCUCUCCCCCACUCACCUGUAUCGUCACGUCCCCAGUCCCACCCACUCCCCCUCCUCCUCUUCUCCCUGUCACUCUGCACCUCCUCCUCCUCCCUCCUAUCACCAUUUCAGCCCUCCUACUUCCCCAGUGCAGCAUCAGCAGCGAGCCAGUCCUAUGUCAGAAAGUAUGCCUGCAUUGUCAGUAUCUGGAGCUCUGCACCACCAUCCUCAGUCUGUCUCAGCUCUCCACCACUCAGACCAGAACCAGGGAGCGCAGCAGCACCACCAUCUGGCCAAUCAGAGAUCCUUUCAGAAGCAGAGCCCUGUCCACAGCCAGUGGCUGCAACCAACCAAAGUCCAGGUUGUCAGAACCAGUCAGCCCAGUUCCUCAACCCACUCCAGCAUGGUUUUGGGAAGCUCUGCCUACUCCCAGUUUGGCCAGUUGCCCCAAGAACUGGCUGAGUUGGGGGAAGGCAUUUGCAUGAGCCCCUUAGAUAUCAGGCCUAGCCUGCAGGUCCAGGCAGGUCUGAGUUCUGGAGCUUCAUAUCCACUAGAUGAUGUGGAUGUUGACCUGGUUUGCCAGGCGAGAUCUGCAUCUGCCUAUGGGAGAGGAGCAGGAGGGGAGAGGGCAGGGAUAAAUCGAUUUGGCCAGGCCAAUCAGUUCAGUCGCAACCAAUCCAAAGCAGCAUACUACCCCAUGGAAGUUACUGAGGCAACAAUGGGGCCCCCUGAUAACCUCCCAUCAUCGCAUGAUUAUCAAUACCACCACCAGGGGGGGCUACGACGCCCAUUCAGUGCCCACCCAACCUCCUCCCCGGCUCCUCCCCCCAGGCCUCUCAUCCACUCCCAGAACGUCAGCGUCCGUUUCUCCACUAGCAGCGGCAGCCUUGCUGGUGGGCAGCCAGCUAAUCUAGGCCCAGGCUUCAGGACCUCAGCUUCCGCCCAGCACAUGGAUUUACCCUCUGAUCUGGCUUCUGUGGGAGGGGUUACUGGUUACCAUGAUGAUCUCUUUCUGAUCUCCUCUCCCCAGUCAGAAAUAUGUAUGGUAGGAGGUGGGACUUAUCCUGGAGAGGCAGGCCGUUCAUCUAGGAACACUCCUUUUAUGGGUGUUAUCGACAAGACAGCGAGGGUGCACCAGCAGUAUCAGCAACAAGGUCCUCCUAGUUCCGCGUCCUGUCUCAGCCCCUCUCGCUCCUGGGCCGUAUCUUCAGUGGACACGGUCGUCACCUCACCUGGCAAAACUCCCACCAAUCAAUCAGACUUCAAUCAAACACAGCCCUUCUCCAUCGCGUACCACAACCGCAGCAACAACAAUGCCCACAACGGUCAUCUCCUCCAUGACAACCAGCUUGACUACUAUGGGAUGCUGCCAGGCAACGGUCCUCAGGGUGAAGGCUCGGUGCAGGUUGCCAGUCAGAAUCCCUCCUUCAUGGACGUGAAGCUGGCUCGAACACUGCCAGUGAUCCAUGGCUGCUCAGACAGACCGACUGACAGGCAGAAAGGUCCUACCUCUCCUGUCAAACCAAAAAGACCCUUUGUAGAGUCCAAUGUAUAGAGAAAAGUUUAAAUGUUAAGUCAGAGACAUGGGAGGAGUGUUAAUGAAGAACUCAGCACACUUGUAUAUUCCAAGAUACACCAGGACUAUGGGAUUAUUAAGGCCGGACUAUGCUUGAAACUAACUAGUUUGUACAGUGUGUAGUUCAUAGAACUUGUAGUUCAUGCGACGUACAGAGGAACAAGACGCAAUAAUCGUUAAAAUGGCAAACAGCACACACUUGAGAGCUUGAGAGAGAAGUUCAUAUUCUGCCUACGUUUUCACCUGCACACACCUGACCAAUCGCUGCGUGAAGCGGGCAGGUUUGUCAGAAUGUGUUUUUGAAAGACUAGCACUUCAUUUGAAACAUAUUGACUCCUUUAUUGUUAAGAAGAGAAUGGGGGAUGUAGAAGAAGGUAAACAUAUUAGUUCGAUAUAGAAGAUAUUGCCUGUUAAAGGUCAGAUCUGUCAGUUAACCAGCCAGAGACAUAGAAAAGAAGCAACAACAAAGGGAAUGAGGGGAGGAUGAGAGUGUUCCAGCCAUUACAAAGCACAAGGAAAAAGAGGAAAAUUAGUAGGAAGUCUGAAAAAAAAGACUCCUAAAAUCAUUCCUUCCGUCCCUGGUCAUCUCUGGCUUACACUACAUUUCGAAAUCGAAGUCUCUGAAUGCCCAUAAUGCACUGCUCUAGAGUUUUCUGCCAAGUUCAUGUCCACAACUCUAGACGGUGACAUCCAGUCAGACAGGAGAGACACAAAAGCACCAUCAUCACCUCUGUCUGCUCCGUACGCCUUUAAUGAGGAUUCUCUUCUUAAAUUCGAAAGCGCUUAAAUGAUACAAUGACUGGAAACCUGGAGACAGUCACCGCAGGAUCCAGGCUCUAAAACUUGUGCCAGUCAGACGCUGGUCAGUGACCCAUACCCAAGCCAUAGUUUGAGAAACUAGGAUGAUGCUGUCAUUGAAUAAGCACUGACUUGCUGUAUAUAUAACAAAAAUAAGUGAUAUUUAUCUUUUUUAAGUUAUGUCUGUAUUAAACUGUAUAAAUAUUGUUUCUCUUAAAACUGUAUAUUCCUCUUGGAUUUGCCUUUACAAUUUAUUUUGAGGGCUUCUCACUCUGAAACCUUCUUUUCAAAGAGACAAAAAAAAGAAGAGUUAAAAGUUCCAGAUUAACAUCUGUUCUGCUUGUGUAUGAUGGCAUCAAUCUGUCAAUCUGCAAUGAACAUCCUGUAAAAAUGCCUUUUUGGAUUUUUUUUUUGGCUUCAGGUAGUUAUUUUUCUUUUUUCUAUAAAGACCUUUUGGUCCUAAAUGUCCUAAUUUAUGCAAGCCACAAGGAUCUUAACUGAUAUACCAGGGCCCUUUAUACUCAUUGCCAUGGAAACAUAGUGCUUACAUGCCCCAUGAACUGGUGACUGGCUACUGUCUGUACUUAAGGAGAAGCCAACUGACGUUUGCUAAACCCCUACACCAGACAGACAUUGUCCAAUUAUAGCUUUAGCAACUGUAACUACGCAAGGCAGGCCUGUCAAGCUUAGUAUUUUUGCACAUUUUGAAGCACUAUGCGUGUGGCUGUAGUAAGAUACUCAACAUUUAAAGACUUAGGAGGGUGGUGUAUUAUUGUGUAGCCUUUCCAUAACCAAAAACACAAGAGCAAAAGUGUAAGGAAUGGAUUAAACUGUUUAAUCCUACACAACUACUAGUUUACUACCCUACAGUAGGGUAGUAAUCUAGUAGUAGCAUUACUUGCUAGGCCAAGGAGGACAUCUUUGACCAACUUUAACUAAUGAAGCACAUAUUAAGAUUCUUGUUUUAAUAUGAUUCAGGUGGAGAUGGCAUUUUCAGCCACCUCCUGGAGCUAAUGUUAGCUUGAUUAGCUACAGCUGAUAAAAUCUGCCUGCAAAAGCUGUAUUUUCCGUCUGAAAUAACAAUGGUUGACAGUUUGAAAUCAGAAGUCUACUUUUGUUUACCUCUGAAAUCAAGGACCAAUUGUUUCAAAAAUUAUUAGAAAUUUCGAGUAAUAAGUGUCAGAGUGGAAAGCUUGACAGUCGUAACCAUAAUAACAAAGGAUUGGGGGCUUAGCGAACAGUUCAGGGGCUAGUUUUCAAGACGGGGUGUGACUAACAGACGAUAUUCAGACAGCGGAACUAAGCUUUCAUUUUUUAAAAUGUAUUUUAUGCACAUGAAUGCCUGUUUUUUGUACAUUUCUUUUUAUGUUUCUAAUAAAUCAGCAGCUUGAUUUCAGAGAUGCUGAAAUCUUGAUUUCAGAGUUGUUGAACCUAUGACCUCUGACCUCUCUGUCACGGUACGGUCUCUCUCACCACUGCCCUUUUUUUCUGACUGCUCAGGAGUCUCCAGCUGUGAGAAGAUGUGGUAAUACUUAAUCACUCUGGUUCACAAGCCAUUUUCACAGUCUGCCUGCUGGAAUGGUGAUAAUUCUGGACAGUUAGAAUCAUGAAAAACAUUAUAAGCAAGUUGAUUGGAUGUACAAGACUGGAUGAAAAUGAUUCAAGUGAUACAGCUUGGAAACAGCUUCUCAUAGUGCAUCAGUGUUGAUUUACAUCUUUGCAGAACCAAACAACAGGUCUGUCAAUAAAACAGUGUGUUGUGCUGUACAUGUAAAGAUGUCAGGAUUUUAGCCCCUAACCUACAUAGGGGUCCCAAGCCCCAAGUUAAAAAAAAAAAAAAAAAACACUGCUGUUGGAACAGAGCAGGGUCAGUGGGCUCCUUAUAAGUAGGUUUACUGUGGGCUUUUUCACUGUGUGUAUGAUAAUAUUUAAAAUCCAGGACAGUUACAACAAUAAGAAGAACAUCAUUAUUAAACAUGUAAAACAACUUGAAUGUGUUUUUAAUCAGCUCAUGUGAAAUAACUGACUGCUGGAUUAACGUUACAAACAGGAAUAAAGGUGAA